AUGGCGCUCAAUAUGCCCUCGGGGGCUGGUGGCGGAGGCGCUCAUACGCAGCCUUCGCUUCCAUCGCUACCAGCUCACCUGCAGUCUGAUACUCACUUGACUGCUCACCUGGCUAGCCGUUUCCAUAUCUCCGUACCGACUGCCCGGCUCUCGUCCCACGCCCUGAUCGCAAUCAACACGUACACGUCUUCUACGAAAGGCCUCGAUGGCGGCAGGGAGGGGAGUGCCAUGGCUGGCGCCGAGGACAUGGCCGACAGGGCUAUUCUUCGUCUCGGUCACCGCUCCGAGAAUCAGGCCAUCCUGUUCUUGGGCGAAUCCGGCUCUGGCAAGACCACAGUCCGUUCGCAUCUGCUGACUUCGCUCUUGAACAAGUCUUCAACGCCUUUGUCCACAAAGGUUUCGCUUGCUGCUUACGUUUUCGACACCUUGACCACGACCAAGACGGCAACAACACCGACGGCGUCAAAGGCUGGCCUGUUCUACGAGCUGCAGUAUGACACCGCGUCGAACACAAACCCAAUUCUCAUCGGAGGCAAGCUGCUCGACCACAGACUGGAGAGAAGCCGGAUUGCCGAUGUCCCCACCGGCGAGCGUAACUUCCACAUUCUCUACUAUCUGCUCGCAGGCACCAGCGAGGCUGAGAAGACCCAUCUCGGUAUUGAUUCUCCUCGCGACGCCGCCGGCCAGAAGAGGUGGAAAUAUCUUGGCCACCCGACUCAGCUCAAGGUGGGCAUCAACGACGCCGAAGGCUUUCAGCUGUUUAAGAAUGCGCUUCGCAAGCUCGAGUUCCCCAGGAGCGAUAUCGCCGAAAUCUGCCAGAUCCUCGCCUGUAUUCUUCACAUCGGACAGCUCGAGUUUGAGACCAGCUCGAACACGACUCCAACCGGCGACGACAGCGGUGGCUUCUCUCACGAGGGUGCCCAGACUGUGACCGCUGCGCGCAACAAGGAUGUUUUGGGUAUAAUUGCGGCAUUCCUUGGAGUGAGCUCCGCCGAUCUGCAGAACACCAUGGGCUACAAGACGAAGAUGAUCCACCGCGAGCGUGUCACAGUCAUGCUCGACCCGGCCGGUGCUCGUGCGAACGCUGACGAGCUGGCGAGAACUCUGUACUCACUUCUCGUCGCCUACGUGAUUGAGAGCAUCAACCAGAGAAUCUGUGCUGCUGAAGAGUCCGUCUCAAACACGAUCAGCAUCAUCGAUUUCCCGGGUUUUUCCCAGCAGUCCUCCACUGGUUCUGCCCUCGAUCAGCUUCUGAACAACGCGGCUGUAGAGUCCUUGUACAACUUGACCCUGCAGACCUUUUUCGACAGGAAGGCUGACAUGCUCGAGACGGAGGAAAUUACGGUUGCUGCAACUAGCUAUUUCGACAACUCGGAUGCGUCCAAGGGUCUUUGCAAGCCUGGAAACGGACUGCUUAGCAUCCUGGACGAUCAGACACGUCGCAACCGGACGGACAUGCAGCUUCUAGAAAGCUUGAGAAAGCGCUUCGAAGGCAAGAACCCUGCCAUCGCCGUCGGCUCUGCCACUGCCAAGCUCCCCGGCAGCAACUUCAUGUCUGAGAACACAGCCGCCACUUUCACAGUCAAGCACUUUGCCGGCGAGGUGGACUACCCCAUCAAGAACCUUGUUGAGGAGAACGGUGAGGUCAUCUCUGGUGACCUGAUGAACCUCGUCAAGUCGAGCAAGAGUGAGUUUGUUGCCAAGCUCUUCGGCCAGGAGGCUCUGCAGACCGUCAUGCACCCUCACGAGCGCAGCACUGUCAUGCAGGCCUCUGUCAGCUCAAAGCCCAUGCGUGCUCCCAGCGUCAUGUCGAGGAAGACAACCCGGACCAUGCGUUCUCGCGUCGCUCGUCGCCAAGAUUCCAUGGAAGACAUUGCAAGCGAGGCUGGAGACUUCAAUCCCGACAACGCCGGACGGGACGAGAAAAGAACCGGCACAGGAAUGCGGGUCUCGGAGCAAGGCGCUUCUGGUCAGUUCUUGGCUGCCCUGCAGAAUGUCAAGGGUGCAAUCACCGCACCAAAUACCAACAACUACUUCGUCUUUUGCUUGAAGCCCAACGAUAGGAGAAUCGCCAAUCAGUUCGACAGCAAAUGCGUCAGAACUCAGCUGCAGACUUUCGGCAUUGCUGAGAUCAGCCAACGUCUGCGUGCCGCAGACUUCAGCGUCUUCCUGCCAUUUGGCGAGUUUCUAGGCUUGACCGAGUCCGAGAGUCUCAUCGUCGGCAGUGAGCGUGACAAGACGCAAUCUGUUGUGCAAGAGAAGCAAUGGCUCAGUAACGAAGUUCUGGUCGGAUCCACUGGCGUCUUCUUGAGCGAGCGCUACUGGAUGGAGAUCACACAACUGAGCGAAAAUGUGUCAGCAUCUGGCCGGUGGCAAUCCGAAGCCGGGGAUGGGCUGACACCCUCACCUGGUGAUCCUUUUGGCAUGUCCAAAGAACGUCUGCUCUCCGUCGGCAAUACGCCGCAGUAUACCGACAAGUCUCGUGGCGGCUACUUUGCCAGCGGCGAUGCUGACACCCGCUCCGAAGCAGGUGUGUCUGCAUUUGGUGCCGGUGACAUGUUCCAAAGCAUGGAGACCAGGGAGCAGAUGGCAGAGCGCGGAAACGAGAAAGCACUCGUCGAAGUGGAGGAAUACACAGACACUGCAACGCGCAAGCGCUGGGUGUUUGUUGUCUACAUGAUGACCUGGUUCAUUCCUGAUUUCCUCAUCCGCUGGCUUGGCCGCAUGCCCCGGAAAGAUGUGCGUAUGGCGUGGCGCGAGAAGCUAACCAUCAAUAUCUUCAUCUGGCUGGCUUGUCUGGCUGCUUGUUUCUUCAUGAUCGUCUUCCCCAUGAUCAUCUGCCCGAAGCAGUACGUGUUCAGCCCAGCAGAGCUCUCGUCUUUCAACGGCCAGAACGGUGCAGCAGCCUAUGCCUCCAUUCGUGGACAGGUUUUCGACAUUGGUCAAUUUGCGCCCAGGCACUACCCUGCCUACCUGCCUACCAAGCAGAUCAUUCAGUACGGUGGUCUUGACAUCACCGCGUUGUUCCCUGUGCAGGUCUCUGCCCUGUGCCAGGGCAUGACUGGGUCCGUGGAUCCUGCUGUUACUCUCGACUACAAGUCGGACAAUGAUACAGGCCCUUCAACCGUUAACUCGCUGGAUCUCAACGCUCAUUAUCAUGACUUCCGUUACUACACCGGCGACAACUACCGCAAGGACUGGUUUGCAGAGCAGAUCAUGGUGCUCCGCUCCCAGUGGAAGAAGGGAAACAUCGGCUAUUCACCAGAAUAUGUGGCCACCUUGGGCUCGAAGGGCAACGCCAUCGCUAUCCUGAACAACCGCGUCUAUGACAUGACGAAGUACAUGAAGGGUGGUCAGGGUAUCCAUGCUCCGCCUGGCGAGGAAGGACCCACUGACCCUCAGGCGACCAAGUUCAUGUCUCAACUGGUGCUUGAUAUGUUCCAGUAUAAGAGUGGCAGUGAUGUCACUGCAACCUGGGACUCCCUCGCUCUGACCAGAGAGCAGAAAGCCUGGCAGCAACGUUGCUUGGAGAACUUGUUCUACGUCGGCGACGUCGAUACGCGCAAUUCCGUCCGCUGUCAGUUUGCCAACUAUCUCAUCCUGGUCAUUUCCAUCAUUCUCUGCUCCAUCAUUGGGUUCAAGUUCCUGGCUGCCCUGCAAUUCGGCCAAAAGAACGUGCCAGAGAAUCUCGACAAGUUCGUCAUGUGUCAGAUUCCUGCCUAUACGGAGGACGAAGAAUCGCUGCGCCGUGCCAUCGACUCUGCUGCUCGUAUGCAAUACGACGACAAACGCAAGCUCCUCGUCAUUGUUUGCGAUGGUAUGAUUAUCGGACAAGGAAACGACAGACCAACGCCGCGAAUCGUGCUUGAUAUUCUUGGAGUCUCCGAGACUGUCGACCCGGAGCCUCUCAGCUUCGAGUCUCUUGGUGAAGGCCUGAAGCAACACAACAUGGGCAAGGUCUACUCUGGCUUGUACGAGGUUCAAGGUCACAUUGUCCCUUUCCUGGUCAUUGUCAAGGUCGGCAAGCCAUCCGAGGUUUCACGUCCUGGUAACCGUGGCAAGCGCGAUUCCCAGAUGAUCAUCAUGCGCUUCCUCAACCGCGUUCACUACAACCUUGCCAUGAGCCCUCUUGAGCUCGAGAUCUACCACCAGAUCAGGAACGUCAUUGGUGUCAAUCCCACCUUUUACGAAUUCAUGCUUCAGAUCGAUGCCGAUACCGUCGUGGCCGCAGACUCUGCCACGCGCAUGGUCUCCACCUUCCUCCACGACACCCGGGUCAUCGCUGUCUGUGGUGAGACUGCGCUCACGAACUCGAAGUCUUCGUUCAUCACCAUGAUUCAGGUCUACGAGUACUGGAUCUCGCACAACCUGACCAAGGCCUUCGAAAGUUUGUUCGGCAGUGUCACGUGUCUUCCUGGUUGUUUCACCAUGUACCGUAUCCGUGCUGCGGACACUGGCAAGCCACUGUUUGUCAGCCGUGAGGUCGUGGAGAACUAUGCCACCAUCCGCGUCGACACACUGCAUCUCAAGAACCUGCUUCACCUUGGUGAGGAUCGCUACCUGACCACGCUUCUCCUCAAGUUCCACAACAAGUACAAGACCAAGUACAUCACCAGUGCACAAGCUUGGACCAUCGCACCCGACUCUUGGGCGGUCUUCAUGUCGCAGCGUCGUCGCUGGAUCAACUCGACCGUCCACAACCUCAUGGAGCUGAUCCCAAUGAACCAGCUCUGCGGUUUCUGCUGCUUCAGUAUGCGCUUCAUCGUCUUUGUGGAUCUCCUCUCGACCGUUGUUCAACCCAUCACCAUGGUCUACAUCACCUACCUCCUGGUCUUGGUCGGCACACAGAGCACAAUCAUUCCCAUCACGGCCUUUGUCAUGUUGGCUGCCAUCUACGGUCUGCAGGCGAUCAUCUUCAUUCUUCGCAGAAAAUGGGAAAUGAUUGGCUGGAUGAUCCUAUACGUCCUGGCCAUUCCCGUGUUCUCCUUCGCCUUGCCCUUGUACGCCUUCUGGCACAUGGACGACUUCAACUGGGGUAACACCCGUGUUAUCGCUGGUGAGUCUGGCAAGAAGGUCGUCAUCACAGACGAGGGCAAGUUCGAUCCGGCCUCUAUUCCCCGCAAGAAGUGGGAGGAGUACCAGGCCGAGCUGUGGGAGGCACAGACUGUGCGUGACGAUGCUCGCUCGGAGAUUAGCGGUUACAGCUACGCCACCAAGGCUGGCAUGAACGUGGGUGUCUCCGAGUACAACUACUAUGCCCCGUCCCGUCCCGGCUCAACGGCCGGUGUUGUCCCGCCGUAUGCCAUGGGCUCUCAUGGCAUGAGCCGCAUGUCUCUUGCCCCCAGCGAGAUGAUUGGCAACCGCCAGAGCCAGUUCGGCGGCUCGCAAUUCUUCACCAAUGACCCGAGCUCUGUCGAGCUGUCCAACCUCAGCGGUCUCCCCUCCGACGACGCUCUGCUUGCAGAGAUCCGGGAGAUCCUCAGGACUGCCGACUUGAUGACCGUUACGAAGAAGGGCAUCAAGCAGGAGCUUGAGCGACGAUUCGGAGUGCCGCUCGACUCGAAGCGGACCUACAUCAACAGUGGUAAGUAG